CGCCUGUUUACAACACACUGGGUUUUAUUACAACUGCAACCAGCGGAAGUGUUUCAGAGAGUGAAAAGUGAGAAAAAAAAAAGACAUUUAAAUUCUGAAAGUGUGUCAGAGUGUGUGUGAAAGAGCGUGUGAAAGAGCGUGUGUAGGUGUGUGUGAAAGAGUGUGUGAAAGCAUCUCUGAGAGUAAGAGAGUGUUUCUUUCCGACAGAAACAAGAAUGACGGAUGUGGAGAAACAGCCAACACCAGAGAAGAUGGAGGGUGGAGCCAGUGACGCUGCAUUUGCUCCACCGCCUUACCCCACUGACUCAGCCUUCAUGCAGCAACCUCCUCCUUACAUGCCCCCUCCCUACCCCUACGGCCCCACAGUCCACCCAACUUACCCUCCAGUACCACUGGACGGAAACGCUCCACCUCCUGCGCAGGACAUUUACAUCCAGGACUCACCAGUAGGGGGCGCAGAAAGUGAGAUUGGAGCAUCUGCGUCUCCGUGCUUCGUGUCAGCAUUUGAUGAUAAAACAGUGCGAAGAGCCUUCAUCAGAAAGGUGUUUAGCGUGGUCACUGUGCAGCUGUUGGUCACCUUCUCCAUCGUGUGUGUGUUUACUUUCUCGGAGACAGUGAAGAAAGCUGUGCAAAAAAACAUCUGGAUCUACCUCAGCUCCUACAUCACCUUCAUGGUGGUGGCAUUGGCGCUGAGCUUCUCCUCGACCCUUAGUCGCAAAUACCCAUGGAACUUCAUCUCCCUAUCAGUGGUGACCCUCAGUUUGUCCUACAUGGUUGGUACCGUAGCAUCCUUCCAUGACACCACAGUUGUGACCAUCGCUAUGGGAGCAACACUCGUGAUCUCCUUCACCAUCAUCGUCUUCUCUGCUCAGACACGUGUGGAUUUCACAGUGUGUAACGGCAUUCUGGUUGUUCUGGCUAUGGAUCUGCUCAUGUUCGGGUUCUUCAGUACCUUUUAUUAUUCCAACGUUCUGCAGAUUGUUUACGGAUGUCUCGGAGCGCUGGUCUACGCCCUGUUCCUGGCUGUCGACUGUCAGCUGGUGAUGGGGAGAGAGAAAUACAGCCUGAAUCCUGAGGAGUACGUCUUCGCCGCUUUAGUCAUCUACAUGGACAUCAUCCUCAUUUUCCUAUACAUCCUCAUCAUCCUUGGAGGAAGCUCAAAAAGCUAAACACUUCUGAACACGUCACAGUUCUUCAUCAUCAUCAUCACUGUCAUCAUCACCUGGGUAUAGUCAUGCACACGUCCAGACGGUUUCACAGCUGACCCCAUGCAGAUUUCAUAAACAGGAGAUUGUGAGAUCAGGAACAGUAAAGCUGGAGGUCCAGGGGCAUUUGUUAGCAUUAUUAGUGCUGUUUUCUGUUCCAGUAUUACUCAUUCAAACCUACAGAGAGAUUGUGUUUAUUUCCCUGCAUGUUCAUUACCUCACGUUUUAACAGGUUCAGAUUUGGGUAGAGAACAUGCUUGCUGUCCUAGAGCUAGGGUUAAGGUCAGGGUUAGCGGUUAAGGUUAGGGGUUGGGGUUAAGGGUUAGGUUUAGGGGUUAUGGGUUAGGAGUUAGGGUUAUCUUUCCUGCUGCUGUAAAAUAAAGAAAUGGCUUUUCUUUUUCAGUGUUGAUGUAAAAACUCGGGUUUAUUGUAGGAAGUUUCUGAACCUUUUAAACGUGCAUUUAAUCAAUUUCCUUUUUGUUUUUAGACAAUUUAGAAAUAUUACAUUUUGCACACAACACAAUUUGACAAACGUUGUGAUGCUGAAUAUUUCUCUGAUCUCCUCAACAUUGUGCUUUAAUAAAAGCUGUUUAUUUUCCCA